UUUCCAAGCAGUGGCCUUGGCAGAAGUCUUUCUCUUGAGUCAGGCAGAGGAUGAGAAGCAGGAAAGGCAGAUGCGGGGCCUGUCGGGAGAAGCAGCUGCCAAUUUCUGUGUGGCACAGGAUUCUCCAUCUGACAGUGGACAGGGCCUGCCGUCCGGGGGGAUUUUGCAUGUUGGAGACCAAAGUACCAUUCCCGUGGAUGGAGGAGCAUCCCCCGAAACGCCUUCAAGGUCAACACCGGGUUAUGCUGGAGGCGAAACGGUCCCUGCGCAGCCAGAUCACGGUCUGCUGACCUUGAAGGAGGUGUCCGUGCAUUUCACCGAGGAGGAGUGGGCUCUGCUGGACGCAGGCCAAAGAGCUCUGCACAGGGAAGUCAUGCUAGAGAAUUAUGGGAUGGUGGCCUCUCUGGAAGGUGACAUGCGGGAGAGCAAGAAGGAGGGAAGGCCGAAUGCGAUUUUGUUGGACAGAGUCAAGCUGAGUGGGGGGGAUCAGCCGAGGAGGAAAACAGAAGUGAAACGGAAGAGGGAGAAUAAAUCCUUUGCUUUGCAGGAUGCAAAUUUUCAUAAAUUCCCAAUCCAGGAAAAAACAGAUGAAGGAAAGGAAAAGAAGGGUGAUAUUUGGGAAAGCAAGAAUGAAGGAGAAUCACAUGAGAUGACACUGGAAGGAGCAGGAUAUAUAACCGAGGAGCCGAUGUGGAAAAUUGAAAUAAAACAGGAAAUAGGGAGUGACUCCUCUGCCUUUCAGGGCAGCGACUUCCAGGAGAUCCCUGUCCAAGAAAAAAUGGGGAAAGGAAAAGAAAGGAGCUGGGAGAGUAGGGCUGAGGGAGAACCACAGCAAGUCUCACUGGAAGGACUGGGAAGUACAGAAGAAGACCAUCUGUGGAAAAUUGAAAUAAAAGAAGAAACGGAGAAUGAAUCCUCCACUUCUCAGGGUGGUGACUUUCCCGAAAUCCCGAUCCAAGUUAAAAUAGGGAAGGGAAAGGAAAGAAGUAAGUGUCCCAUUUGUGGGAAAAGCUAUAGUUGUAAAUCGAGUUUUAAUGCUCACUGGAGAAUCCACACAGGGGAGAAUCUGUAUGAAUGCUUGGUCUGCGGAAAGAAUUUCAUUCAGAGUUCACACCUCACUUCACAUUUAAGAAUCCACACAGGGGAGAAACCAUUUCAAUGCCUGGAGUGCGGAAUGAGCUUCAAAUGGAACGAGCAACUCCGUUCACAUAAAAUAGUCCACACAGGCAAGAAGCCAUACCAAUGCAUGGAGUGUGGGAAGAGCUUCAUUCGCAGCACGCAUCUUACUUCGCAUCAGCUAAUCCACACGGGAGAGAAACCGUACAAAUGCAACGAGUGUGGAAAGAGCUUCAUCCGGAGUACCGAGCUCACUAUCCAUCAGAGAAUCCACACGGGAGAGAAGCCGUAUCAGUGCUUAGAGUGUGGGAAGAGUUUCUCUCAGAGCACCAACCUCACCUCGCACAAAAGAAUCCACACUGGGGAGAAGCCGCACAAAUGCCUGGAGUGUGGGAAGAGCUUCACUCAGAGGAAGUCCUGCCUCUUACACCAAAGGAUCCACAAAGGGGAGAAACCAUAUGUGUGCUUGGAGUGUGGGAAGAGCUUCAGCGAGAUGAUCAACCUAGCAAGGCAUCAAACAAGGGUUGAGUUGGAGGAGAAACCAUAUAAGUGCCUGGAGUGUGGAAAGAGUUUCAAACAGAAGAUAAACCUCAUUUCCCAUGAACGAAUCCACACAGGGGAGAAACCUUAUGAAUGUCUGGAGUGUGGAAAGCGCUUCAGACAAACAACACACCUUAUAUCACAUGCAAGGAUUCACACGGGUGAGAAACCAUACCAGUGCUUAGAAUGUGGGAAGAGUUUCAGUCAGAGCACAACCCUUAGUUUGCAUCAGAGUAUUCACACAGGGGAGAAACCAUAUAAAUGCUCAGAGUGUGGGAAACGCUUCCACCAGAGGACAAAACUAAUUACACACCAAAGUGUUCACACAGGGGGAAAACCCUUUAAAUGCCUGGAGUGUGGGAAAAACUUCAGUCAGAGUGCAUAUCUCAUUAGACAUCAAGGAAUCCACACAGGGGAGAAGCCAUACAGGUGCUUGGAACGUGGGAAAAGCUUCAGCCAGAGAGUAAAACUUGCUUCACAUCAAAGAACCCACACAGGGGAGAAGCCUUUUAAAUGCUUGGAAUGUGGGAAAACCUUCAUGCAGAGCACAGGUCUCAUUAGACAUCAAGGGAUCCACACAGGGGAAAAGCCAUUUAAAUGUCUGGAAUGUGGGAAAGGUUUCACUCAGAGUGCCGAUCUGAUUAGACAUAAAAAAAUUCACACAGGAGAGAAACCAUUUAAAUGCUUAGAGUGUGGGAAGAGCUUCUCGCAAAAUAGAUAUCUUAAUUCACAUCAAAGAAUCCAUACAGGGGAGAAGCCAUACAAAUGCUUGGAGUGUGGGAAGAGCUUCUAUCAUAGCAGAGAUCUUACUUCACAUCAUAGAAUCCAUACAGGGGAGAAACCAUAUAAAUGCUCACUGUGUGGGAAAAGCUUCUCUCAAAGUAGAGUUCUUAGUUCACACCAAAGAAUUCACAGUGGAGAGAAACCAUUUAAAUGCUUGGAGUGUGGGAAAAGCUUUUUUGCACAGGCGAAGCUAAUUAAUCACCAAAGAACCCAUACAGGGGAAAAACCAUAUAAAUGCUCAGAAUGUGGGAAGAGCUUCAGUCAGAAGAUAAACCUUACCUCACAUGAAAGAAUCCACACCGGGGAGAAACCAUAUAAAUGCUUAGAGUGUGGGAAAAGUUUCUGUCACAGCUCAGGCCUUAAAUCCCAUCAAAGAAUCCAUACAGGGGAGAAACCAUUUCAGUGCUCAGAAUGUGGAAAAAGUUUCAGUCACAAGAUAAAUCUCACAUCACAUGAAAAAAUCCACACAGGGGAGAAACCAUAUAAGUGCCUGGCAUGUGGGAAGAGCUUCUGCCAGAGCUCAGGCCUUAAGGCUCACUGGAAAAUUCACACUGGGGAGAAACCAUUUAAGUGCCCGGAGUGUGGGAAGAGCUUCCGACAGAGGGCAAAACUAAUUACCCAUCAUAGAGUCCACACGGGAGAGAAGCCCUUCAAAUGCUUGCAGUGUGGAAAGAGCUUCAUUCAGAACGAAUGCCUGACUUCCCAUUUAAAAACACACUCAGGGGAGAAGCCAUUUAAAUGCCUGCAGUGUGGGAAAAGCUUCAGCUGGAGUCAUAACCUGACAUCGCAUCAAAGAGUCCACACAGGGGAGAAACCAUAUCAUUGCUCUGAGUGUGGAAAGAGCUUUACUCAAAGAAAAGACCUUACUUUCCAUGAAAGAAUCCACACCGGGGAGAAACCCUACACCUGUUCUGAAUGUGGAAAGAGCUUCCACCAAAACGCACACCUGACUUCUCACCAAAGGAUCCACACUGGGGAGAAGCCAUACAAAUGCCUGGAAUGCGGGAAGAGCUUCACCCGGAGUUUGAACCUCACUUCACACCAGAGGAUACACACUGGGGAGAAGCCAUUCAACUGCUUGCAGUGUGGGAAAAGCUUCAGCUGGAGGCAUAACCUUACUUCUCAUCAAAGAGUCCACACUGAAGAGAAGCCCUUCAAAUGCUUGCAGUGUGGAAAGGGCUUCAUUCAGAAGGAAUUCCUGACUUCCCAUUUAAAAACACACUCAGGGGAGAAGCCAUUUAAAUGCUUGCAGUGCGGGAAAAGCUUCAGCUGGAGCCACAACCUGACAUCCCAUCAAAGAAUCCACACAGGGGAGAAACUUUAUACUUGCUCUAAGUGUGGGAAGAGCUUUUCUCAGAGGAGAGACCUGCAUUCCCACGAAAGAAUCCACACAGGGGAGAAACCCUACACCUGUUCCGAAUGCGGAAAGAGCUUCCACCAGAAAGCACACCUGACUUCUCACCAAAGGAUCCACACCAGGGAGAAGCCAUACAAAUGCCUGGAGUGUGGGAAGAGCUUCAGUCAGAGUUCGAACCUCACUUCACACCAGAGGAUGCACACUGGGGAGAAGCCGUACAAAUGCUUGCAGUGUGGGAAAACCUUCAGCUGGAGCCAUAACCUGACAUCCCAUCAAAGAAUCCACACAGAGGAGAAGUCGUUCCAGUGCUUGGAGUGUGGGAGGAACUUUAAUAAGAAAACAAGUCUCAUUUCACAUCAAAGGAUGGAGAAAGGAAAGAGGAAGAGGAAAUGCCUUGUGUGUGGGAAAAUUUUGAGCUGGAAGUCUAGCCUCAAGGAUCAUUGGAAAAUUCACACUGGGGAGAAACCAUUUAAGUGCCCGGAGUGUGGGAAGAGCUUCCGACAGAAGGCGAAACUAAUUACCCAUCAAAGAGUCCACACGGGAGAGAAGCCCUUCAAAUGCUUGCAGUGUGGAAAGAGCUUCAUUCAGAAUGAAUGCCUGAAUUCCCAUUUAAAAACACACUCAGGGGAGAAGCCGUUUAAAUGCUUACAAUGUGGGAAAAGCUUCAGCUGGAGUCAUAACCUGACAUCUCAUCAAAGAAUCCACACAGGGGAAAAACCAUAUCAUUGCUCUAAGUGUGGAAAGAACUUCACACAGAGAAAAGACCUUACUUCCCAUGAAAGAAUCCACACAGGGGAGAAGCCCUACACCUGUUCUGAAUGCGGAAAGAGCUUCCACCAGAAUGCACACCUGACUUCCCACCAAAGGAUCCACACCGGGGAGAAGCCAUAUGAAUGCCUGGAGUGUGGGAAGAGCUUCAGCCGGAGUUCGAGCCUCGUUUUGCACCAAAGGACGCACACGGAGGAGAAACCGUUCAAAUGCUUGCAGUGUGGGAAAAACUUCAGUUGGAGCCAUAACCUGAUAUCCCAUCAAAGAAUCCACACAGAGGAGAAGUCGUUCCAGUGCUUGGAGUGUGGGAGGAACUUUAAUAAGAAAACAAGUCUCAUUUCACAUCAAAGGGUACACUCAAAACGUUUGGGAAAAGGAUCCUGUGAAUAACCACUUGGUCUUGCCUGCUCUAGGUUCACAAAUUGUCCCUGUUUCCCGAAAUGCCACCUGUUCCCAGAAUCCCAUGAAUUACAAACCAAUCCAAAAGGAAUAUUUCCAGUACUUUUAUAUCUAAAUGAACAAAUUAUAAUCGUUCAAAUAUGAAAAUAAUGCUUGGCAGUAGAAAUUGAGAUGUCUAAAAAUGGCACAAUGACCUUAUGAAUAUAUUGGACCUUAACAUAGUAGUAACAAAUAAAAUAUGAAUAAAUUAAAA